UAGCGGACUAUGUCACCAAGCCGUAGCAGCAGCAGCAGAAGCAGCAGCAGCACCAGAAGGAGCAGCAGACUCAGCAGCAGCAGCAGCAGCAGUAGCAGCAGCAACAGCGGCAGCAGCAGCAGUGGCAGCAGCAGCAGCGGCAGCAGCAGCAACAGCAAGCAGCAGCAGCAGCAGCAGCAGCAGAAGGAGCAGCAGCAGCAGCAGCAGCAGCAGCAGCAGCAGCAGCAGCAGCAGCAGCAGCAGCAGCAGUAUCUACAGCCAUCCCCAUCCUCCCCUCCUCUUUGAGCCGCCGCGG